CGAGCUGAGGCACUAGAAUUAUCUCCGUGUAGAAGGAUAAAAACGCCAUCUUGGAAACUUAACAUCUUUAUUUUGAUUUCAUCUCAUUGGAGAAUGUCCCGCUUUAUUUGUUUCCCAGUUAUGUAAGAUCUUACUAGGGACAGAUAUAAGAUGUGAAACUUGGGAGGGAAUUUCUUGGAAAAAUGCGACUCGUACAGAGGUGGGCCUAGAGACAUAAUUUUAUGUAUCCUUAGCAGCAUAUGUAUACACAUGUUAUAUGGUAAUGAAUCAUAUUUUAGGGUUGGUAAAUUGUUACUAGGUGAAGUAUACCAUGUAAUAGGGUAUCGGUGUCACUGAUAUUUCUUUCACAGUACCAGCCUCGUCGACGGAAGCCUCCGAAGAGUCUAGCCAGCCUGAUGGAAGCUGACCCGGGAGCUCCCCCGCUGCCCUAUCGUGUCCAGGGUGGGCUAAUAGCUGGGGGCGGGGGAUACUGCCCUGGCGUGGGGAUGAGCAUGGCCCUGCCGCCCUCCCACGCCCACGCCCACACAGCACCGCCCACACCACCCAAGACACCGCAGCACCAACACAACAUACGGGUUGGGUCAUCCAGUGGUGGCACAGCAGGUGACAGCGUGGGCAGGAGUGACUGCAGCUUUGGUAAGAGUGCUGCUUCCUCAGUCUACACCAGGGACCACCACAACCCACAUGCCCACGCUCAUUUCUCUAGCCUGGAUGCCACUAAGGCUCAACUUUUCAGGUGAAUGAGUGUAAACCUUUUCUUUGUGUUUAAUGUGUAAGGUACUCGCGCGACUGUGUAUCGUACACACAAUGGGAAAAAUAUCAAUAGCGCAAAUAGUUAGCAUUCUUUGGAGAAAGAACUUAGAUUCACAUGAAAUCCCAUAGGCCUUAGUGCAUAUAUAGUUUGAGCAAAAGAUGCGAUAAAAGACAAAGUCCUUGUUAACAAAAACUGAAAGCCAAAACAGAAAUGCAUGGUGUCUGUAACAAGCCUUAUUUACUACUUGUGUUCACAAUGGGGCCCAUGCUAACUUCUCUGUGGUGUAUAGAUAUGCCUAGUUGGAUGACUCUUAGUGUCACCAACUGGCCGAGUGGCUUACGCAUUAGCUUGGAGUUUUAUGACUCGCUCAGCGUGAGUUCAAACCCCAUCCGUUCUAGGGUUUGGAAUUGUGUUAUUACUAUUUCUCGAGUCAGCCUUGUUACUUAAGCCAAUUAACCCCUUGGUUAUACAUCAUUGGUAAAGCCUCAUUUAAAUUGUGUAGCAUACAUAGUUCCAGAGAGGGAUCCAGUAAUUCUCCAGGGAAGGAAGGGCAUCCUUGCUUAUGCCGAGAGUGAAAAUCAGUGCAAAUGAACAGCAUUUUACAUUUAUAUGAAAAUUAAAUAGGUAUACACUUUUUUUAUGGUUAAGGGGCCUACUAAAAAGGAAUGAAAAGCAUUUAAUCAUUUCAUUAUGUUCGCUCUUACCAGUGAUGCAACCAUACAAUAAAAACAACAUAAACAUAUACAAUUGACUUUUAAAACAUUAUUCAGCUUUAUAGGCCUGCUGUGUAACAGUCUCUAAUUUCCAAAUUUAACAUAUCGUUCAGUAACUUUGUCCACAUCAACUAAAAGUGUCAGUGAAUGUGAAACACUGCCAGUCCGUACAGCCUCACCUCAGUAAUUUGAACGCGUUGCAGAGUUUGCAAACUGUGUUCAUUACUGCUAAACUAACAGGCAAGGUUAGAUAUUUUCAACAAUAUAUAUUUUAUUUCAUUCACUUAAUGUUUGUAAUAGACAAUUUGGUACAGUUUUCUUUUGCCAUUGUUUCAUUCUCCAGAGAUAAGAUAGCAUCUUGGUAUUUAUGAUUAUUGGAACCAGAAACAUUUUUUAAAUAAUUUUACGGUGCUGGUGCCAUGUAUUUUCAAUAUUACUUUUGAUAUCAGAUUCCGUUUUCAUUUUUUCUUCUUGUCCCAUAAUAUCAAGACAAAGAAUGAUUGAACUUGUAAAAUUUUAAGAUUUUCAAUUCAUCCUUUCAAACAUUAUGAAAUACCGCGUCACUGAUGUCUCUGUAAUAAUGAAGUUAAAUCAUUAACUAAAUUAUGGGCGGCAAAAGUUUAGACGCAUAGAAGCACAUUGAAAUAAUUUUUUCCCAGGUAUGGAUACCUAGUGCUAAAGUUUAGCCAAGUAGCUGAACUCGGUAUUAGCCAAAAAGAUUUUGAUUUUUAUUUUUUUUGAGGGGGGAGUCCGAGUAAUUCAAGAGGGUUUCGGGGGUCAGCGGCUCGGUCUGAUUAUUAUUAUUAUAAUCAAAAAGAAGCGCUAAGCCACAAGGGCUAUACAGCGCUGCAGGGUAGGGAAGGAAGCAAGGGAAUUGGAUGGCAGAAGGGAGGGGGGAUGAUCAGCAGGUUACAGAAAACAGCGGGGCAGGGGAUAGUACGGGGUAGAGGGUAGCAAGAGAUUCAAGUAGAAAGGGCUGAAAGUAUCAGAAUCUGUGAAGUAAGUCAGUCGUUGUCAAAAAGUCAAUGAGAGAGUCCGGAUGAAAGGUGGGUCCAUCAGCGAGAAGGGAAGGUAAAGAGAGAGCACGGGGCGAAGACGACGACAGAGGUAAAUUCUGCGUGCUCGUUGAUAAAGUGGGCAGUCCAACAGAAUGUGGCUGACUGAUAAUGGAGCUUGGCAAUUCUCACAGAGAGGAGCAAGACGCCUCUCCAUGAGAUAUCCAUGAGUAAGACGAGUAUGGCCAAUGCGAAGACGGGAGAGAGUAGUCUCCCAACCUCGACACUGGUGAUAAGAAGACGGCCAGUAACCUAUACUCGGUUUAAUAGACUGAAGUUUGUUGCCAAGCAUAGUAGACCAACGUUGUUGCCAACGGGUGUGAAGGUGGGAAGAUAUUACAGCAAAAUAGUCCGUACAUGGAAUAC